UGCCAAAGGCGACGACGAGAAGGGACGGCGACUGCGACCGCCGUACGUAUGCUAUUGUUCCCUUUGCGCUCUGGGAAGGACACCUUAAUCUCUUCCUUUCUAUCGGCAAGGUUAGAUCCGAAUCGUCCUACCUCCUUCUCUUACUCGCUUCCUGAUCUUAUCGGGUGGAUCGCUGUUAAGGGUUCGCUAUCCGGCGAUGGAGGCGGGAUCGGCGGCGGUGGAUAAAUCGAGCGCAACCUUGCAGAGCUCCGCCGAUGCGGUUCCCGGAAGCUGCUACCCGAUCCCUCUUUCUCCGCCGUACCCGCCGCUGUCGAAGAGCGUGGAGCUCCGCCGUGCUAUGUCGGCGACCGCGAGGUCUGGAGGCUACGCCCUCUCUUUCGCCGAUAUCGUAUUCGAGGACCAGUACUUGGCGGUCGCCAACAAGCCCGCCGGAGUGUACUGCGAGGCAAUCCUGUCCUCGAUCGCAUCUUCUACCUCUUCCGCUGGCAGGUGAUGGUGCUACUGAACCUGAACUGCAUAUGGCUAACCGGUUAGAUCGUGACACUAGCGGUCUAAUGGUGAUCACCAAAUCCCACAAAGCUGCUGGUAGAUUGGUGAAAGCAUUUACUGAGCACAAGGUCCAGAAGACCUACUUGGCUCUGUGUGUUGGAUGUGCACCAAACUGGGACAAGAUCAGCAUAAGCUCGGGGCAUGGCCGAUCAAAAUUUGGGGCCUGGCGUGUGUACUCUGCAAACGAUGUUGGACGGCCGCUUCCAGGAGGAUCCACUGUGAAGCAUAUGCUCACAUCCUUUGAAGUACUGUUUGUGAACUGGCAAGGUAAGUUCGGAGAUAUUGCUCAGCCACUGGACGGAGGGGAGUCAGUGAUAGUGCAAAAGGAAGGUGAAAGGGUAAUCAAUACUGCUGAUGAAAAGAACCAUGAGGUUUUGGUCAGAGCAUACCCUCAGAGCGGGAGGACGCAUCAGAUUCGCCUUCAUUGCCAGUAUCUCGGGCUACCAAUAAUGGGCGAUGUCAAGUAUGGCGGAGUUCUUGAAUGGGAGGGUGUAACUUGUGAUGCUCAUGCAUUGCACGCAGAAAGCCUGUCAUUUGAUCACCCUAUUACUGGGGUGCCUCUCAGGAUCAAGGCACCAUUGCCUUCAUGGGCGAGAAAAGUUUGCAAACAAAUGCAGCAGAAUUGUCCAUAAUCGCAAAUUUUAACCAACUUUAUUCUGCAUCUCCUAACAAUCUGAUGAAAUAUCAUUGUUGUUUCCGUUAAGUUGUUCCUUGCAAAAUAGUUCAAGCAACAAAUUACAAUAUCA